GCAUAUGGCCCUUCCCACCAGCAGUAUGGAGGAGCUCCCCUCUCCUCACAACACCGCCACCCUCCCCAGUCCUCCUCCACAUCAUUCCUCAUCCAAACCUCAUCCUAUCACCAUCACCCAGCCCCACAAAACAUGUAUCAUGAUGCCAACCACAACUCCCCAUACUCUGCCCGAACGUCCCAGACCCUCAUCUACUCCAGUCAGACUGGACCAGUGCAACAGCAGCCUAACCGUCGUGUUGGUAGCAUAGCUGACUACGACCCAGUGAAUGAGCAGUAUGGUUCAAUUAGCCAGCACACAGGUUCUGGUGGCUAUCGACAGGAAACAUCGUAUCAG